GAACCCCUGUGCAGUGUCAUUUCUUCGCCUUUUCACGAAAGCACCACGACACACUUGGCCCAACAAAAGGCCGCUUUUGCUAUAUUCUAGGUUGAGAAGUGAAGUCAAGUGAAGUGAAGGGGGGAGGGGGUGGUUCACCGGCUUCUUGUAAAGCUCCGGAGUGCACCGAGUUCAUGUGUCCGUAAAAGGCGGAUCGACGAAGACACCUCUCCCGUCGCGUUAGCAAGCUUCCGCAUACACCAUACCCUCCUUAACCAACUCCCCACUAACAAGAUGUCUGCGUCUUUAACGCGAAGCGCCGUUUGUCAAACGGGCCAUGAUGUCAGGCUGCCCCGUCAACUGCUCGCGUGAGCUGAGUUCCACUUCCUGCGCAGGCGGCCAGGCAUCGGGCACUCGGAAGGCGAGCGUGGCCGAGGGAGGUGCGCGACGGACGGCCACGAAGGAGCCACAAGAGCCGAUAGAAAGGACGGAAGCAAGAACUGGCGGGAGCUGCAUUUUUCCACCUAACUUCAUUGGUCGUCGCUGCCGACUGACAGUCCAUGGACUAGCCACAUUUAUUCGGCUGCAGUGAGACGACUCGCCAAGUAAGACCUAUCAUUUGGUGCGAGAUGCCCUCAGAUGCGUACAAAGGCAAGGAAAUAAAAAAAAGAAAACUCCCAAGUCUCCAAGACCUCAAAUAGAUUCCUCCCCUCACUGGCGCGUUCUGCGGUCCAUAGCUGAAGUCUCCUGGUCCAAAUAUGUCGCAGCUCCUCCACGUGGAGAUCCCAAACUUCGGAGCCACGGUGCUAGGCUCCCUGAAUGAGCAGCGUUUGUUGGGACACUACUGCGAUGUCUCCAUCCUGGUCAAAGGUCAGGCAUUCAAAGCCCACCGGGCAGUGCUGGCCGCCAGCAGCCUAUACUUUCGUGACCUCUUCAGCACGUCGACCAAGACCCAGUUCGAGUUGCCCUCCUCAGUCACGCCGGCAUGCUUUGAGCAGAUCCUCUCAUUCUGUUAUACGGGUAAGCUGACCAUGGCGGCAAGUGAGCAGCUGGUGGUCAUGUACACAGCGGGCUACCUGCAGAUCCAGCACAUCGUGGAGCGCGGCAUGGACCUGAUGUUCAAGGCCAACUCGCCGCACUGCGAUUCACAGACGGCCGGCAACUUGGAGGAGACGGGCUCGGAGCCACAGAGUCCGUGCAACAACGGCAACGGCCUGGCUGUGGCCGCUCUCCUUGCGAACACUGGCUGGUCCCCGUCCCUCCUUAUGCCGCCGCGCAAGAUUAAGCUAGAGAGUGGCGAGCCCACACCCCUCACCAUCGCAACCACCCAAGGCAAAAUCUCCUCCUCUGAGUUGGGCAGCCGUCUAGCGAGGGCCAGUUCGCUCUUUUACACCACCGCGGGAGGGACCACCAUUCCGGGCGUGCCCCCUUACCACCUUCUGGGGGUUGGGGGAGGCGGGGCCGGGGGCGGAGCCACAGGCGAGCGUUCAAGUCCCGGUGAAUCCAGUUUGCCCACCACCGAUAGUCCCACGUCGUACCAGAACGAGGAUGAGGAGUUUGAGGAAGAGCCCUUUGACGGAAUGGUGGAGGACAGCUUCAGUCACCUGUAUGCACGUCCAGGCAACCCCUAUGGCAUGCCGGACAAGCACGAGAUCACGGGCGUGCCGCUGGCUUUGGAGAACCGCAACUGCGUGCUAAUUCGUCGGGACCUGGUGGCACUACCCGCUAGCCUCAUCAGCCAGAUUGGCUACCGAUGUCACCCUAAACUCUACACAGAGGGAGACCCCGGGGAGAAGCUGGAACUGGUUGCCGGUACACAGGUGUUCAUGACUCGAGGUCAGCUGAUGAACUGUCAUCUUUGCGCCGGAAUCAAACACAAGGUCUUGCUGCGGCGUCUGUUGGCGACAUUCUUUGAUCGAAACACACUAGCAAACAGCUGUGGGACUGGUAUCCGCUCCUCCACCAGUGACCCCAGCAGGAAACCCCUGGACAGCAGGGUCCUCAACGCUGUCAAACUGUACUGUCAAAACUUCAACCCUAACUUCAAGGAGAGCGAAAUGAAUGUGAUUGCUGCUGACAUGUGCACCAACGCACGGCGCGUCCGCAAGCGCUGGCUGCCUAAAAUCAAGUCCAUGCUGCCCGACGGCAUGGAGGUGUACCGCGCCGGCAUGGCCAUGGGUGCCGCCGCCCCCGUGGCCGUGGGUCUGAACCUGGGCCUGGGCGCCAACCCGACACAAGUUGCGCUCCCCUUCGAGGCCGACUUCAAGAGCUUUGAGCAGAGGCUGUAUCCGGAGCGCAAAGACCCCCUGAGGACUCAUCCGGCGCUGGCCGACGGCAGCCCGGGCUCAGUGGCGGCGGCUACCGAGCCCGAGGGCGGAGGAGGGGUCCAGGAGGAGGAGGAGGAGGAGGAAGCCGGCUUGGAGGCCACCGACACCUCCGCAAAUUUGAUCUCCAACGGCGCCGAGGCGUCCGCUUGCGGCGACGCGCCGGCCGAGCAAGAAGCUUUCGGGCAAGGUCUGAGAGUAAACGGACAGUGAAUGUCGUCUCGCAACACAUGUCGUCAAGUUAUGCUUAACCUUUUGCUUGUUCUCCCCCUCUGCCAUCUUUCUUCUUCUUCUGUGCUUCCUCCGCGGUGCAAAAAGCUUGUGAUCGUACGCCAGGGGAAAA